UAUUGGUCAAUUGGCGUUGUGGGAAAACUGAAAUAAACGUUUGAAACAACUGACUCUGGAACCUUAUUUUGGUUGUGUUGAAAACUUCUGCAGCUGCUGUUCAGGUUUGUGGUCAGACUAUGGGAGAUCUUCCAGAUGUCCAGAUCACUCCUGAGACUCCAGGGAGGGCAGCUAUCCGUAACCCCUUCGAGAGCCCCAACGACUACCAUCGCCUGCAAGAAUCCGUGGUCCCCAGCCCCUCUGUCUUCAAGUCCUCCAAGACCUCCGGAGCUACACCAGCCAAGUUUAAAUGGGACAUAGAUGAGAUGUCUAGCCUGCUCCCUGUGGACAUAGACGCUGAGGAUAUCCACCGCCAGUCCUUGUACCUCAGUCAGACCAGGAUGGAUUCUGACAUCGAGGAGAAACGUCAGAAUGCUAUCGAGCAGUUUUUCACGAAAGGCGCCAUUGUGCCUUCACCAUGGACCGAACCAACAAGCAAACAGAAAUCAGCACAGAUGCACUUUGGGAAGAGUUCCAUGUCCCCACUGAUACUAGAAGAUCCACUAUCAACUAAAAAAAUCACAGUAGGCUGCCAGACAGUCCUGUCCUUACCUGUGGACUUCCACCUGGACAAAAUAUUAGGAGAAUACUACAGACUGAAGGAGGUGUCUCAGCAGGAUCAGGUUCAGGACACCAUGAGCUCCUCGUCUCUGAGACGCAAGUUGUUUCUGGACGGCCAAGGGAGUGGCUCAGAGUCCUCCAGCCCCCCCAGCCCAGAGGGAGGGGAGGGAGAGCCCCCUGGGGGAGAAGGGGGAGGGGAUAGAGAUUUCCUCUCACCCAUGAGCGCCUCUCCUCUGCCCUGCCCGUUGUCUGGCAUGUCUGCCCUGACCCCCUCCACUGGUCUUUUCUCGUCCAGCCCGAUCCAGGGUCGUUACCGAACCUACAGCCUGGGAAGUGUCACCAGCCCCCUGUGCCCUGAGCGCUCCUCUCCUGCUGGCUUCCAGUCCCCUGCCCUGUCCCCCAUCGGACCACAGUUCACACAGACACCCAUAGCAGGAGAGAGGAAGAAGCUGAGCUUUGUGACCCCUGAAGGUGUUCCUCUAGACAUGGACAUCAACUCCUGUACAGAGAGCCCCUACGUAGACGGCUGUUCCCCCAUCUGCUUCUGCUCCUCGCUCCAGCCCCCGGGCCGGACCCAGGUCAACCCUGAGCUCAGACUCGGAGCCCCCUGCUGGGCCUCACCCCCAACCAUCUCCCCCAACCCUUCCCUCCUGGACCAGGAGAAUAUAUGUCCCUCUACUUCACUACCAGCCAUGGAGCUGGGCGCCUGCUCCCCCUUCCCGGUGCCGUGUGUACCCAGGACCAGUGGGGGUCUGCUGGGGCUGGGGAGGCUGUGUGAGGGGGGUCCAGGGAUGGGCCAGCCUCUGUUGGACUCAGUGAAGAUGGAGGAGGAGGUGGAGAACGGCGAGGUGGAAGUGGACCUCCCUGUGGAAGAGGAGGAAGGAGGUGUGACUCCUGUUGGUGUCUGGUUGACCAGCUCCCGUGUCGGGGCGAGUGUGAUGGCAGCGGAGGCGUCUCAUAUGUUUGUGUCUCUGCUAGCUGAAGGAAGCUGCAUCCCUUAUGAUAACAGCAUGCAGGUGGACAGUGGGUACAACACAUACGCUGGCACUGCCACCGCCAGCCUGAUAGAUGCCAUGAGUUCAGACAGCCAGAGUAAGGAGUCAUUCGACGCAGCACACAUCCCAGACGAGGUCUUCCCUCACAGCAGACACACUGACUAAGACUGUUUUUCCUCAACACCAUUGAGUGAGCUGAUUGGAAGAGAACACAAGGAAGCCCCUCCCAGCUGAAGCCUAUGAUGUCUUGCCAAUGUUGCACCGUUUUAAAGCAGCCAUGUCAGGAGUCUGUUCAUUAGUCAGAUUCUGUUGCAAAACAUUUGUAAUGGAAACCGUUUACUCUAGAAAUGGAACCUACCUGAAUUUGUCCAAUAGAAACAAAUUGUUGCCAAACGCUUUGUUUAGAGUAAACCGUUUGUUGCAAAACAUUUAGCAACAGAAUCCGUGUACUGAAUACACCCCGGCUAAGUGACAAUGUUUAGAUGCCGCCAUUCGCACAAAUGAACCUUGAAAUGAAUUCCUAUUGGCGCUAGCUAUCCCUCGUAAUGGAGUUGAAAUGUGCUCACUAAGGUGUCUGAAAUGGCACCCUAUAUAGUGCACUACUUUUGAGCCCUGUGGGCGUUGGUGAAUGGUGCACUAUAUAGGGAAUAAGGUGCUAUUUUGUUGAACUUAGUGUUGACGUGAACAAGGGACUGAUGAAACUUGACUUUCAUAUGUACUUAUACAUUUUAUAUUCUUGUUGAUUGUGAAUUUAGCAUUAUAUGAAUCAUUUUUAUUUUUGAUCAGUUAAACAAUUACGGGAAUGUGAAUUGUGAUAAAGGAUUUUUUAUUGCAAAUUGUUAUAUUUGAAUAACUGCAGAGCUCCCCAUGUGAUUGAAUGGGUGGAAAGUUCAGACAAGAACACUGAGCCACAUUAAAUGUUGUACACCUGGA